AUCCUGGCCGGGCUGGUGAAGGCGUUCAACGGGGUAUCCACGACCUCUAACACCCCGUCCUACUGGGGUCUGGAGGGCGGGAUAACGAACGCCACGUGGAGCGCGUUCAGCGAGGAGUGGAUUCAACGCAUCCAGCCAUGGUCCCUCACCUCGUGGGGCGUGUUUAUCAGCCACGACCAACGCCCUGUGUUGGAGAGAAUUCUCAACUGCACUGUCAGGACAAUGCUCGGAAAUGAGGCCCCUGCUUCUCCGCGCUAUGUUGUCUCUGUCUUCCGCUUCCCCGCGCCUUAUGACCUCCCCCCGUGCACCGAUCUCUACUCUUUGCUCACUGAGAUAACCAACCGGUUUCUGCUGUCGGGCGAAAAUGUCGCUUUCCCCCCUUUUCUGCUGCCCAACAACCACAUCGGGUUUGUUUAUGGCAUCCCAAUCAUCCGCACGCCGCUGCCACCGCAGCCCUCCUUGGAGCAAGGAGUGGAGAGCAUUUCAGGCGCUAUAGCGGGGGCUAUCGACACAGAAAUGCUCAUCUCGCACGCCCUCAUGGACGUGCUCAACUAUGCAACCAACAAGUACUCGUUUGAUCUAUAUGAUGCGACGGACGAGGAAGCUCCUGUGCUUAUGUUCCUGGACAGUGGCAGUGCGUGGCGGCUGGUGUGGGCGCCGGUGUUGGUGGCGGUGCUGGUGGCGGUGGUGGCGGUGCUGCUGACGCUCAUCGUGGUAUUCCUGGCGCGCAAGCAGGCGGCCAUCAGCCGCGCCGUGAGGGAGGUGGAGCUGUGCACUGCCGUGCUCGAGCGCGCCCAGCGCUCCAAGAGCCACACCGUGGCCAACCUCUCGCACGAGCUGCGCACUCCCAUCGUCGGCAUGCUAGGUUGGUGCCAACAUGUUACGCGUCGCUGGGUCAAGUUCGAUCUCUUUCUGCUGGAGGAGGGGGUAUGGUCGCCCCGAACAGUGACUUACCUCUGCUGUCUUUUCCGAUCCCAACCACCCGCACCUCAACUUCUCCUCCUCUCCCCGCCAGGCAUGAUGGAGGCGCUACUGGAGAGCGAGCUACAGGGGGGGCAGCACCGGGACCUGGCAGUGGCCAAGGAGUGUGCAGCAGCCAUCGUGGGGCAACUCAACUCCGUGCUCGACCUCGCCAAGCUGCACGCCGGCAGGCUCGCCCUCGAGACUCUCCCGCUCUCCCUGCACCACUGCGUUGACAUGGUCGCCCGUGACUUGCUGCCCGAAGCCUGCAAGAGGGGCCUGCACUGUGAGUGCCAUGCGCUCUUUGCCCUACCACUGUCAGUUGCAAGAGGUGCCAAGCUGGGCUGGGAGGUGGACUGCAGUGUGCCCGAGGUGCUGUUGGGUGAUCCGCUGCGCCUCGCUCAAGUUGUCAGGGAUCUCAUCAGUCAUGCCAUCCGCACCACCGUAUCAGGCCAUGUGGCCUUUAGAGUGUGCUGCAUCCCCAUGCCCACCACCACGACUCAGGGGGGCUCGCCUCUCACCACGCCUCUCACCACACCCGCGACUGCUGAUGCCAUCGCACCACCAUGUGUUGCUGCACCAUUGGAUUCUGCUGCGGCAUCGGGGUCUGGAAGCGGGGAAGAGGGAGCGCAGUGUAGGGAGUGGCUUGCAUCGUGGCUGGAUGAGGCAUAUUACCAAUGCAGCCGCAGCAGUGAGGGCAGUGGGGCAGUGGCAGCAGUGGCGGUAGUGGCGGCAGUGGGGGCAGUGGGGAGAAUGGGGGCAGUGGGGGCAGUGCGUGCAGUGGCACCACCAUUCCACCAGCCACAGCGACAGCAGCUGCUGCUGCUGCUGGAGAAGAAGAAGAAGAAAGAGAUGUGGAGGGAGAGGGGGGUGGAGUCAGGUCCGCAAAGCCCUGGUGGUGAUGGUGGUGUACCUGCUCCUUCUGCUGCCUCUGCUCCCUCUGCUGCCUCUGCUCCCUCUGCUGCCUCUGCCCCCUCAGCAUCUGCGCAUCCUGCUUCCAAUGCAACAACAGUUGCAGGUAGCAGAGAAGACCAUCAAGCGAAGGCACGUGGAGAGGAAAGGAAGAGCAAAGAGGGAGAGGAGGGAGGAGAGGGAGCGGCGGGCAGAGGGGGGUUACUGGUGGUGAUGGUGUGUGAGGACACGGGCGGUGGUAUUCCACCGGAAGAGCUGCAGUGGGUGCUGGACCCGGAGGGGCAGGCAGCAGUGCAGGGCAGAGGAAGUGUGCUGCUGCAGCAAGGGGGCUCCAUCAAAAAGCAGGCAGCAGUGCAGGGCAAGAAGGACUUGCUGCUGUCACGAGGGGGCUCCAUUGGAGAUCACAAGGCUCCACUUGCGUCGCCCUUGUCUCCCCGGCAUCGCUCCGUGGACUUCUGGCCCGGCUCUGCUGCACCUCCUUCUCAGCCCUCCUCUGCGCCUGCAUGGGAGCCCUACCCUGUUCGCUUCCUGCUCUCCACAGGCCUGGUGAACUUAAUGAGGGGGACCAUGGGAAUAGCAACGCAGCACCACGUGGGCACCUCCAUCCUCGUCAGCCUUCCAAUGGCCGCCUGCCACCUGUCAGAAACUGGCGGUGUUGCUGCUAGUGGCACGGGUGGCGGUGGUGCUGCUGCUGUGGCGAGCGGAGGUGCGAGCAUGGAGGUGCAGGAGUGGGUGGAUCAUGGCAAGGCCAUAUGCUCGCUUGUGGCGGGCAAGACAGCGCUGCUGCUGGAUGCCAUGCCGCUCAGAGCGCAGGCAACGGAGGCGUGUCUGCGCUACCUGGGAAUGGACGUCACUCUGGCAGCCUCACCCGCACAGGCCAUGCGCCUCAUGCGCCACCCACCCACCACCACCACCGGCGGCGGCAGCAGCAGCGGCGGUGGCGGUGGCGGCAGCGGUGGAGGAGGAGGAGGGUGGGACGUGGUGCUAGUAGACGUGGACGUUGCUGGCCCGCGCACAGGCCUCCACGUGGGCGAAAAGAUUCUGCGCCACGCGGCUGAUGCAGCCGCUGCUUCUGCUGUUGCUUCCGAUGCUGCCACGAGCUCCCAGGGUCGGCAGGGUGGGGUCGAGGCAGGGCGAGAGGCAGGGCGGGCAGUGGUGGUGCUGACGGGGGCGAGGGCAGACAGUGUGGAGAGCGAGCAGGCGGAGAGGAUGGGACCCGCACUCCCCAGCGCCACAGCCGUGUUGUCUGUAGGUGCCUCCUCCGCUGCCCGCGUGCCUCAGUCCAGCACCGGCCUUCUCCGCUCCGCCUCCGUUCCGGCCGCCUUGCUCAGCCCUUUGGUGGUGCCGCGCCUGGCGCCGGAGGAGGAGCUGAGGGCGCUGGUGGGGCAGCAGGCGGUGGUGGUGGUGGAUGACAACGCUGUCAACCGCGCCGUCGCCAGACGCACGCUGCUCGCACUCGGGGCUCUCGUGCACUUGGCAGCGGGAGGCGCACAGGCGCUGGACUGGCUGCGCCAGCACAUGGCUGCUGCCACCCGCGGUGGGCAGGGGGGGGAGGGGCAGCAGCAACAGCAGCAGUGGCAGGCGGAGGGGCAAGAGGCAGAGCGCGCUGUGCCGCUUGUGCUGUUGGACCUUCAAAUGCCCGACAUGGGCGGCUACGAGACGGUGCGGCGCAUCCGAGCCAUGGAGGUGGAGGCCGCCGCAAGUGACGCCCCGGCGGGUGAAGCUCAUGCGGGAGGCAGCAUGGGCUCGCGGCGGCGGUGGUGUGUGGUGGCGCUGACAGCAGAUGUGGACGGCGAUGUGCGGCGGGGGUGUGCUCAGGCCGGCAUGGAUGGCGUCGUCGCCAAACCCAUAGUGCCGCGCGACCUCCUCACUGCGCUCAAGAGCGCCGGCUACCACAGUUAG